AAGUGUGGGCACUCAGCUAGACACGGAUGACUGCGCAGCUGUCACACCUUGCGGUCAUCUCGUCCUGAAUCUACGCAAGGACACCUACAAUACUCUCGGCCUGCAGGGCACGCAGUCUAAGUUUUCCACUGAGAGAUACGUUAUGGCGAAGUAAUAAAACCAAUUUUGAACCGAGAGGAAGUGGGAAUUUAUAAACCAUGCCACAGAAACACCAGCCUGAUCGCUUGGAGGAGCUAGCGUUGAAGGCAGUGGGAGAAUGGAUAAAACUUGUAGGCGAAGGGCUGGUUAAGCCAGUCUACAUCGUGUGCCAGCGAGAUCCAAACCAAGGGCAACUGUUUCUGCAGCGCACACUGGCUCUGGUGCGUGAGACUCUGUAUGCCACCGUGCCUUGGUACUUCUACGACAAAAUGGCCCGGAGGGUGCUGAUCGCCAUCGGUGAACUCAUUAAUAAAACCAAGAGCAAUUACGAUCACUACAUACCCAUGGCGGUGUUCUUAAACAGUAUGAAGGUCGCGGUCAGUCUAACCGAGGUCGUGUUACACCCGCAGUUAAAGAAGCUUGACGUGUCGGUCUGGCCCAAGAUCAUGCGGCACGUGAUGAACACGAACCUGAGUAAGCUGACCGGGCUAGAAGAGCUGAACCUGGGCUCGGGUUCGGCAGGUUGGGACACGAGUGAGGGAGAGAAGUACAUUCUGUCCGGUAUACAGUGGAUGUCAAACUUGACAACGUUCUGCCUCUGCUUCGACUGCACCAACAGCAUCAUCAGUGUUCUUGGCAGUAAUUGUCCGUCCUUGCAGAGUCUGGACGUGACCUCCUCGCGGUCAGUCACAGACCGCAGCGUCCCGUACCUUCUUAACUGCAAAAAACUUAGAGAUGUCAAGCUCUAUCGUACGUCCGUCACUGUUUCCGGAUAUAAAGACUUGCUUACAGGACUCUCCAGUAUUGAAGAUAUCGGUAGGUGUGACGAUUUUGGAAACGUUCUACAGAGACUCCACGAGGAAGAGGCUGAUCCUCUGCCCCUGCUAUCACUGACAUGCAGAGACUUGAGCUUUGUACAUUUAAAACUACUUACAGUGUACUGUCCCAGACUGACCUCCAUUUCGGUAUUCCAUCACGAGAGAAUCGCCGACCUCACCAUUUUAAGCGAAUUGGAAAACUUGAAGGAUCUUAAGAUUAUGAACUCUGAUUUUUUUACUGACCGUGUAAAAGAACUUUUGGAGAAAAGAGGAAAUAAUCUGAACUCCCUACAUUUAGAGCACGUCGAUGAAAUCGACCUAAAUGCACUAAUCUAUAUAAGCCAGUACUGUCCUGUUUUGAAAAAAUUAAGUUUCUAUAAUUGUGAAUUUACGCAACACAGGUUGUUGUUGUUCAACCUGAAAAAACUGGCAAUACCUCCUUUCUCCUGUCUGGAGAGGUUAAUUUGUGCUUCAGAUUGUUCUCUUAACGAUCUCGAAUUCUUGAUGACACACUGUAAGAAUAUUCAGUACAUACAGCUCGGCUCUUCCACUGGAAUAGACAACGCUACCAUGAACAGAGUGUUGACGCAGAACCCGAUGAAGAAGCUGGAGGAACUGAAAAUAUUGUACAGUAAUGAUAUCGGCAUGCAAACGGUGCGACUAAUGAUGACUCAGUGCGAGAGACUUGCCGCUCUGUCGGAACUAGAGAGUUGGGGAGGUAUCCGACACGACGAACUGAAUGACUUCCGUCAGUACAUUCGUGUAAACAAUAUCAAGCUGGAUACCACACCCAUUUUGUCUCUUGACUGAACUAGUGUUGUACAUUAAUUUGUUACACGACUUAUGUAGACCUAUUAAUAUUUACAUAAGUACAAGGCCGCAUUUUAUGCCUCUAUUAUUUUAUUUAUACAAACAAGGUUUUGCCAUGUGAUAUUGUACAAAACGUGAUUUCUAUGAGGUCAUUUUUUAGUUGCAAAAAUUAAAGAUCUCAUACAGGAGGUACUUUGAUUUGUAGAGUGUAUUAGCUGCACUCCUGAUACACACUUUGUAUUUUUUCAAAGAAACGCUAAUUUAAUAAUAGGUACUCAAAACUAUUAUUUAAUGUCCCACAUUUUUCUACAUAACCUUGGAAUAUUCAUUUGUUUUGAAUAUAGUUUUAUAAUAUAAUGUUUUCACUUACAGUGGACAAAAAUUUAACAACCAUAUUUCAAAGUGUUAUUGAUUGUAACAUAAGUAAUUAAAUUUUGUAAAGUCAUAAGGAAAGACUGAAUAACUAUGGAAGAUUUUUUAGGUGUUAAAAAUGUAGGUAUUCUCGAUUAGUUGUGGAAUAUGCUGUAUUAAUUCCACCUGCUAGUACUAAUUAAAAAUAAUUAAAAACAGCUUCAAGUACAGUUUAAAAUAGGACAGUUUUGAUUAAAUUUGCAUGAUUAUGGAAUAUAUUUGACUAAAGAUAUUCUACUUUUUAUUGUAAAUAUUAUUCAGUUUGUUUUGAUUUUUUUAAGGUUUUCUUAUACUGAUAAAAGUCUAGCAUUUGUUGCAUCAAGAUAUAAAUCGUUACCAGAAUAUAUGUUGUACAAAAUUAUUUUCAAAGUACAUUUUAAAAUUUUUACAAAUCCUUUGUCCUUGUGUUCAUAUCUUGAGAAUACAUACAUUUUUCAUUGCCACUUGCCUGAUAAUAUUGUCCUUAAUAUAUUGCUGUGGUCAAGAGUAGGGAGGGUUAAUAAAUUUUAGAUUAGUUUGGAUUUCUAUUAUUAGUUGCCAGAAAUGUGUGAGAACAAGUUAUUCUUAGAUAAGUCAAGCUUUUGAAUUUAAAAGAGAAUAAACCUUACAUAUAUGUGAGGAUUGUAUGGCAAAAAUUUCGAGUGGCAAGACCAGAUCUGUGAAAAAAUUUGGUGCUCACACAUUUCUGUUACGUACCAAAAACUUUAGUCAGCAUAUCUAAGUCUGUACAACAAUAAGUUGUCAUACGACUACAUAUUUAUUUAUUCUUUCAAUAAAGUAGGCUAAUAAUUUACCAUUACUAUGUAGUAGGCUUUUAAUUUUUAUAAAUAAUAUAAUUAUUCCCUAAUCACUGAGUAUUCUUAACACAACCAGUUUACAUGAAAGUUAAAUUUUAAAUUAUCCGCCUAAUGUUUAACCUAAAAAUUAAAUUUGAUUGUUUUUAACUUGUUUUGGUAUAUUUACGAUAUGCGUAUCUCUUACAUAUAUGACAGAACAGACAUGUUUUAUAAUAACAGGUUCUUUCCAGUAAACCUGGUUCAGUGUCUUGUGUUGGAUUCCUAUUAUUUUGGUUUUGUAAAAUUACCUGUAAUAUUUCACUAGAAUAUCCAAACAAAAUUUGUUUUCAAAAUGUAUUAUAAAAGAUCAAUAAAAAGGAUCUGUGUUAUAUUGUUGGCCUUAUUGGAAUUUGAAGUGCAUUAAUACGUAACAGUGUGCUCAAAGAUUCGUAAAUGAAUUUUGAGUUGAUGUAGAGGUUAUGUUUUUUAUUUUAAAGUAUCUUAGUUUGUUAUAUUUUUGCUGCCAUAUUUACAAGGAUACAACAGUUUUACAGUGUUGUAGUAAUUUGAGUAUUUGUAUAUAAUUGAAUGUCUUAUAAGAAUAUAUUUUAAUAUUAUUAGAUAUUUGUCCGUUUUGAAUGUUUCUAUAUAAGUUGUUGAGUGAUAUACAGUUAACAGUAUAAUACUUAAUUAUA